AUGGAUGGAGAAGGGAGAUCCUCCGGGCUGGCCAAGUCGGCCGCCGUAAAACUGUCCGAGAUGGGCGAGAGAACCAAGCAGUUAGGCACCGCGAUGAGGGACCCCCACCAGCAAAGACGGAUCAUGUUAGUGAUCGUUUGCGUGGCUCUCCUGCUGGACAAUAUGCUCUACAUGGUGAUCGUGCCAAUUAUUCCAGACUAUCUCGCUGAUCUGGAGAGCGAGCAGUCAGAGCACGUCCACGUAGUGAUGCACCCCAACACUUCAGCCAACGGCACAAGCCAAGACACAAGCAACAAGGACAAUUUAGAUAUCCAGAUAGGAGUACUUUUUGCAUCUAAAGCCAUCCUGCAGCUCUUAGUUAACCCGCUGUCGGGAACUUUCAUAGACCGGGUUGGAUAUGACAUUCCACUUUUAAUUGGACUGACUGUUAUGUUCAUAUCCACCUGCAUAUUUGCCUUUGGGGAGAACUAUGCGACGCUCUUUGUGGCCAGAAGUUUGCAGGGCCUGGGGUCUGCGUUCGCGGACACCUCCGGAAUCGCAAUGAUAGCUGACAAAUACACGGAGGAGGCAGAGAGGAGCAGGGCGCUCGGUAUCGCCCUGGCGUUUAUCUCUUUCGGGAGUCUGGUGGCGCCUCCCUUCGGGGGCGUCCUGUACGAGUUCGCGGGCAAGAGAGUGCCCUUCAUCGUGCUCGCCUGCAUUUGCCUGGCGGACGGCUUUCUGCUGCUGACCGUGAUCAAGCCGUUCUCCAGCAGGACUAGAGAGAACAUGCCCGUCGGCACCCCCAUAUACAGGCUCAUGAUUGACCCGUACAUAGCCGUGGUGGCCGGGGCGCUGACAGUGUGCAACAUCCCCCUGGCCUUCCUCGAGCCCACCAUAGCCAACUGGAUGGAGACCACCAUGCACUCCUCUCAGUUGGAAAUGGGACUCACCUGGCUCCCAGCCUUCUUCCCCCACGUCCUCGGUGUGUACAUCACGGUUAAACUGGCGGCGCGGCAUCCAAACCUGCAGUGGUUCUACGGAGCGUUAGGCAUGGUUAUCAUAGGGGCGAGCUCCUGCACAGUCCCCGCAUGCAAAACUUUCGGACAGCUCAUCGCCCCGCUGUGCGGCAUUUGUUUCGGCAUUGCACUCGUAGACACUGCCCUGCUGCCGACCCUCGCCUUUUUAGUUGACGUGCGCCACGUUUCUGUGUAUGGUAGUGUUUAUGCUAUAGCGGAUAUUUCCUAUUCAGUGGCGUAUGCCAUGGGUCCUAUAGUGGCCGGGCAGAUAGUGCACAGCCACGGGUUUGUGCAGCUGAAUCUGGGUAUGGGUCUUGUCAAUGUGCUUUACGCGCCAGCCCUGCUGCUGCUGCGCAACGUGUGCCAAAUGAAACCGUCCUACUCGGAGAGAGAUAACCUGCUAGAGGACGCUCCGCAGGGGCUGUACGAUACUAUCAAGAUGGAGGAGAGGAAAGCUAAGAAGAAGGGCUACAGUUCGGCAGGGAACUGCCUGUCAGUAGACGAGAAUGGGUUUGACCCCUUUGGAGCGCAGCGGUCCUUGUCAGAAGAGUCGUCCGGUCCGGAUUACACUUAG